AUGUCUUCUCCAGCUGCCCUCUUCGACGCCCUCAUAAUCGGCGCCGGCCCCGCCGGCCUGUCCACCGCAACAGGUCUCGCCCGUCAGCUGCAUACAGCUGUGGUCUUCGACUCGGGCGUCUAUCGCAAUGCCCGCGCACAACACAUGCACAACGUCCUCGGGUGGGACCAUGUCAGCCCCGCAGAACUACGUGAGAAGGGGCGGGCUGAUCUCCUGGCGCGAUAUCAGACGGUGAAGUUUGCUGAUGUCGCUGUUGCGAGCAUCCGGAGGAUGAAUGUGGGUAACGGUACGAGCGAUGGCAGCAGCAGCAGUAGUGAGGAUGCGAAGAAGCAGCUGUCCAUAUUUGAAGCCGUCGAUGCAACCGGAAAGGCCUGGCAUGGGAGGAAGGUGGUUCUUGCCACCGGCGUCAAGGAUCGGUCGUUGGAUAUUGAAGGGUUUGACGAGUGUUGGGGACGGGGGAUAUUCCACUGCCUCUUCUGCGACGGCUACGAAGAGCGCAGCCAAAAAAGCGUCGGCUUUCUAGCCAUGGGUCCUCUUGCGGAUGUCCACAAGGCUCUGCAUGUUCUCAGGAUGGCACUACGACUUGCGGAGGGUGUUGUUGUUUAUACAAAUGGGAAUGAGGAGCUUGCUGCUGAGCUUCGUGGUGGCAUUGGUCGGCUUAAUGCGGUGGUUGAUACGAGGCGCAUUGCGAGGCUAGAGAAGAUGGAUGUUGGUGCGCAGGUGGAAUUGCAUUUUGACAAUGGGGAUGGGGAUGGGGAUAAUUCCAAGGUUGAGGGGUUCCUUGUCUACGCCCCGGAAAGUGAAAUCAAUGGGCCCUUCGCCGAGCAAUUGGGAUUGGAAGUGACGGCUCAAGGUGAUAUCCAGGUAUCGCAACCGCUCUGCGAGACCAGUCUACCAGGCGUUUUUGCAGUGGGAGACGUUGCUAGUCCGAUCAAGGCUGUAACGCCGGCAGUAUAUUCGGGGACGAUGGCUGCGGGAGGAGUCGCGAUGCAGGUGCAAGCUGAGCGGGAGCUGCGAAUUGAACAUCUGGGGAUAUAA